UCAUGAGUUCAGUGAUGGUGGAAAAUGGCGGCUAGAUGAGUCUCUCCACUCCUACAGAGAAAAGAAAAAGUGUGUGGAAAAACUCUGGAUAUAUAUUUGGAAUAUCGACAACAACACUCACGGGCGUCUCACAACACCUUCAUCAGUGAGGAUGUCGCGCUGGGUGCCCACGAAGAAGGAGAAGUAUGGAGUAGCAAUCUAUAACUAUGACGCUCGCAGUGAUGAAGAGCUGUCCUUGCAGAUCGGAGACACUGUACACAUUCUGGAGACUUAUGAAGGAUGGUAUCGAGGAUAUCGGCUGAGGAGAAAAUCGAAGAAGGGAGUGUUUCCGGCUUGCUACAUGCAUCUGAAAGAGGCCACAGUUGAUGGCAGCGGACAAAAGGAGACGGUCAUUCCUACCGAGCUUCCGCUGGUUCAUGAGGUCACAACUACAUUGCGAGAAUGGGCGGCAAUAUGGAGGGACCUAUAUGUGGGCGACAAGCGUGAGAUGUUCAACACGGUUCGAGACAUGAUCUACGACUUGAUUGAGUGGCGCUCCCAGAUCCUGUCCGGCACGCUCCCGCAGGACGAGAUGUCCGAGCUCAAACAGAAAGUCACCUCUAAGAUGGACUACGGGAACAAGUAUGAACAAACACACGCACACAAGCUGCUGAUUCGUGCUGAUCGGUCUCAGAAGCAGAACUUGGAUUUGAGUAGGCAGGCCAAGUUUGCCUCCACACCCUCGUUCGCCCUGUUCGUCACGCUCAAGAAUGUCGUGUGCAAAAUCGGAGAAGAUGCAGAAGUGCUGAUGUCACUAUAUGACCCGAUUGAGUCCAAGUGCAUCAGUGAAAACUAUCUUGUGCGCUGGUCCAGCUCAGGUUUGGUUAAAGACAUCGAUCAGCUCCAUAACCUGCGUGCCGUAUUCACUGAUCUGGGGAGCGAAGACCUGAAGAGGGAGAAAAUCAGCUUUGUUUGUCAGAUUGUUCGAGUGGGCCGCAUGGAGCUCAGAGAAAACAACACUAAGAAAUUAACGUCUGGCCUCCGCAGACCCUUCGGCGUAGCAGCGUUGGAUGACGCCAUUCGCCACAGGCAGCUGAACAUCUCCCGUUUUUCAUCCAGGGUGGCGGGCGAGAACGACUUCCUCCAGACCGUCAUCAACAAGGUCAUCACCGCCAAAGAGGUCAAUCACAAAGGUCAAGGUUUGUGGGUUACGCUGAAGUUGCUUCCAGGUGAUAUUCAUCAGAUCCGUAAAGAUUUCCCUCACCUGGUGGACCGUUCCACCGCCGUCGCUCGCAAAAUGGGCUUCCCAGAAAUCAUCAUGCCAGGGUUUGACAGGCCAGCUAACGUGAUAUUUCCUGGAGCUGGAGAUGAAGGCAUUCUGGAAUACAAAUCGGUCAUUUACUACCAGGUCAAACAGCCUCGCUGGUUUGAAACCAUCAAGGUUGCGAUCCCGAUUGAAGAUGUCAACAGGAGUCACCUGCGGUUCACCUUCAAGCACCGAUCGUCUCAGGACUGCAAGGAUAAAUCAGAGAAGAACUUUGCUCUGUCGUUUGUGAAGCUGAUGAGGUAUGACGGCACGACGCUGAGGGAUGGAGAACACGAUCUCAUCGUCUAUAAGGCUGAAGCCAAGAAACUGGAGGACUCCACCAUGUACCUGAGCUUGGCCUCCACCAAACCAGAGAUGGAGGAAAGAAACCCAUCGUCUGGGAAGAACACGCAGAAUCUGGGCAGCUUCUCCAUCAGCAAAGACUCGUUUCAGAUCUCGACGCUUGUUUGCUCCACCAAACUCACGCAGAACGUUGAUCUCCUGGGGCUGCUGAAGUGGAGAUCCAACACCAGUUUGCUCCAGCAGAACCUCCGUCACCUGAUGAAAGUGGAGGGAGGCGAGGUGGUCAAGUUUCUGCAGGACACUUUGGACGCCCUUUUCAACAUUAUGAUGGAGAACUCAGACAGUGAAACCUUUGAUACUCUUGUGUUUGAUGCUCUGGUCUUCAUAAUCGGACUGAUCGCAGACAGGAAGUUCCAUCAUUUCAAUCCGGUUCUGGAGACCUACAUCCGCAAGCACUUCAGCGCCACUCUGGCCUACACAAAGCUGACAAAAGUCCUGAAGAACUACGUGGAGAAUGCGGAGAAGCUGACGGAGCAGCUGCUGAAAGCUCUGAAGGCUUUGGAGUACAUCUUCAAGUUCAUCGUGAGAUCCCGCGUUCUCUUCAACCAGCUCUACGAGAACAAAGGCGAGAGUGAUUUCAUGGAGUCCCUGAGGAAUCUCUUCGCCUCGUUUAACGCCAUGAUGAACAGCAAUGCUGAAGGGACCGGCGGGGUGAAGGGUGCUGCACUGAAAUACGUCCCAACUAUCGUCAAUGAUCUGAAACUGGUCUUUGAUCCAAAGGAGCUCAGUAAGCUGUUCAGUGAGUUUAUUCUCAAAGUUCCUCUGGGGCGUCUUGUGAAGCAGAAGUUGAACUGCAUGAUUGACAUCGUCCACAGCAACCUGUUUACUCAGCAUGACUGCAGAGAGAUCCUCCUUCCUUUGAUGACGGAGCAGCUCAAACUUCACCUGGAGAAUCAUGAGGAGCUGGACUCCUGCUGCCAACUGCUCAGCAACAUCCUGGAGGUGCUUUACAGGAAGGACGUGGGCCCGACGCAGUGGCACGUUCAGAUCAUCAUGGAGAAGCUGCUGAGGACGGUAAACAGGACGGUGAUCUCCAUGGGCCGAGACUCUCCUCUCAUAGGCAGUUUUGUGGCGUGUAUGACCGGCACUCUGCGGCAGAUGGAAGACUAUCACUACACCCAUCUCAUCAGCACCUUUGGGAAGAUGCGCACAGACGUGGUGGAUUUCCUCAUGGAGACGUUUAUCAUGUUUAAGGAUCUCAUUGGGAAGAACGUGUAUCCUGCCGACUGGGUCAUAAUGAACAUGAUGCAGAAUAAAGUCUUCCUGCGAGCCAUCAAUCAGUACGCUGCCGUACUCAGCAAGAAGUUCCUUGAUCAAACCAACUUUGAGCUGCAGCUGUGGAAUAACUACUUCCACCUCGCUGUGGCAUUCCUUACCCAAGAGUCUUUGCAGCUGGAGAACUUUUCGAGUGAUAAACGGGCCAAGAUCUUCCACAAGUAUCAAGACAUGAGGCGACAGAUUGGCUUCGAGAUCCGAGACAUGUGGUACAACCUGGGUCCACACAAAAUCAAGUUUAUCCCUGAGAUGGUGGGUCCGAUUCUGGAGAUGACGCUGGUUCCUGAGAUCGAGCUGCGUAAAGCCACCAUUCCCAUCUUCUUUGACAUGAUGCAGUGCGAGUUUCAUUUCAGACGCUGCUUCCAGACGUUUGAGAACGAAAUCAUCACCAAGCUGGAUCACGAGGUGGAAGGCGGUCGAGGAGACGAACAGUACAAAAUCCUCUUCCAGAAGAUUCUGUUGGAGCACUGCAGGAAGCACAAGUAUCUGGCUAAGUCAGGUGAAACCUUCGUAACUCUGGUGGUCCGUCUAUUGGAGAGACUUCUGGACUACAGGACCAUCAUGCACGACGAGAGCAAGGAGAACCGCAUGAGCUGCACAGUCAAUGUGCUGAAUUUCUAUAAGGAGAUCGAGAGAGAAGAGAUGUACAUCAGGUACCUGUAUAAGCUUUGUGACCUGCAUAAGGAGUGUGAUAACUACACCGAGGCUGGAUACACCUUACUGCUGCACGCUAAACUCCUCAAGUGGUCUGAAGAGGCCUGUGCCGCCCACCUGACGCAGAGAGACGGCUACCAAGCGAGCACUCAGUGUCAACUCAAAGACCAGCUGUACCAGGAGAUCAUCAAUUACUUCGACAAGGGCAAGAUGUGGGAGGAGGCUAUUAUCCUGGGGAAGGAGUUAGCCGAACAGUAUGAGAACGAGAUGUUUGACUUUGAGCAGCUGAGCGCUUUACUGAGGAAGCAGGCUCAGUUUUAUGAGAACAUCGUGAAAGUGAUCAGACCAAAGCCGGACUACUUUGCUGUAGGUUAUUAUGGACUGGGCUUCCCCUCGUUCCUGCGGAAUAAGAUGUUCAUCUGUCGGGGGAAGGAGUAUGAGCGGUGGGAGGACUUUGAGGCCAGACUGCUCACUCAGUUCCCCAACGCUGAGAAGAUGAAGACCACGACCCCUCCCAGCGAGGACAUCAGGAGCUCCUCUGGACAGUACAUUCAGUGUUUCACAGUGAAGCCCAUCCUAGAACUGCCACCAAAGUUCCAGAACAAACCCGUAUCAGAGCAGAUCGUCAGCUUUUACACCGUGAAUGAAGUCCAGAAAUUCCAGUAUUCACGGCCGGUCCGGAAAGGAGAGAAAGAUCCGGACAAUGAGUUCGCUAACAUGUGGAUUGAAAGGACGACUUACGUCACCGCCUAUAAGCUGCCGGGCAUCCUGCGCUGGUUUGAAGUGGUGUCCGUCUCAGCGGAGGAAAUCAGUCCGCUGGAAAACGCUAUGGAGACAAUGCAACUGACCAAUGAGAAAAUCAGCAACAUGGUCCAGCGCCAUUUAAACGACUCCAGCCUUCCCAUCAACCCCCUCUCUAUGUUCCUCAAUGGCAUCGUGGACCCAGCUGUCAUGGGCGGCUUUACUAAUUAUGAGAAGGCGUUUUUCACUGAGAAAUACAUCCAGGAACAUGCAAAUGACCAGGAGAAGAUUGAAAAACUAAAGGAUCUGAUUGCCUGGCAGAUCCCGAACCUGGCUGAAGGAGUUCGCAUCCACGGCGAGAAGGUGACGGAGGCUCUUCGUCCGUUUCACGAGCGUUUGGAGGCGUGUUUCAAACAGCUGAAAGAGAAGGUGGAGAAGCAGUACGGCGUCAGAACACUACCUCUCGUGUCGGACGAGCGGCGGGGCAGUCGGCCGCGUUCAAUGGUUCGCUCCUUCACCAUGCCGUCGUCUCAGAGGCCGCUGUCUGUCGCGUCUGUGACCUCCAUAUCAUCAGACAACUCUCCCUCCAGACCGGGAUCAGACGGAUUUGCCUUGGAGCCUCUCUUACCAAAGAAGCUGCACUGUAAGUCUCAGGAUAAACUGGAUCGAGACGAACCUGAGAAAGACAGGAAGGAGAAAAGGAAAGAGAAAAGGAACAGCAAACACCAGGAGCUGUUUGAUAAGGAGCUGAAGACGGCUGAGAUCCCGCUGCAGCCCAGCGAGGCGGUCAUUCUCUCAGAGACGAUCAGUCCGUUGAGGCCCCAGAGGCCCAAGAGUCAGGUGAUCAGCUUGCUGGGCGAGAAAAGGCUCUCGGUGUCUCCAGGAGCCCCUGCCAACCCGUCUGCGCCCAGCGUCCCACCUCCCAUCACGCCCCGGGCCAAACUGCAGUUCAGCUUACUGUCUGGAUCCAGUCUAGAGCUGAAUGGGACGGGUUAUGGAGAUAAGGGUGAGACUCCGCCCCCACUUCCUGUCAAGUGCAGCAUGGGCGACUAUGGAAACUUGAUGGACAAUUCAGACCUGGCCAGUCCGACCACGCCCCCUCCUCCACUGCCACACCAGCGGCACCUUCCACCUCCGUUACCCAGCAAGACCCCUCCUCCUCCCCCUCCAAAGACCACUCGCAAGCAGACCUCCAUCGACUCGGGAAUCGUCCAAUAAGCCAGCAGACGGCAUCGUCAAACGGAGACAUCCGCAUCGGCCCUCUUCCAACGAUUUUCCGUCAACAUCCCUGACAGUAUGGCAUGAUGAAUACCUCACCUCAGCCCCGCUCAUAACGGCUGAUUAUUGUCCACUGCCGGAUCAGCGCUCGGAGCCUGCACCCCAGUGACAAUACAAGCUCAGAGACGCAGUCUAUUUCACAUCACUCCAGGCGUCAGACCACAGCACAUAUAGAUGCUGGAGUCAGGGAAUUCUGGGUAUUUUUGGCAGAUGGUGCAUGUUUGACUAAAACUCCACUUUAGGCAGGAAUGCGCUUUUUAUGCACAUUAUCGUUGAGACGCGUGACCAAUUCAAACCACUUCGGUGUCGCAUAAUCAAAGUUUCCUCUUUCUCUCAUUUUUACAUGCUAUUUUUAUCCUCAAUAUAUACACAUUUAUGUACAGAGGUUUGUAU